CUGACCCUUCCAAGAUGGCGCCGGCGUCGCAAACUUUUCCUCUGUAUUAUAAGAGCACUUCCGGUUGCGCCGGAUGCAGGCGUUAGAGGCCUGCGGGAGGGCAUCGGUGCUUGUCCGCUUUGCGCUGGGAGCCUCUGGCGCCAGAAUGGACCGGAGGAAAAAGCCUUUGGACGUUACUGCCUCUUCGUUGGUAGACCUUAAGGCUGAACUCUUCCGAAAACAAGAAGAAUAACAAGAAAAACUUCUAAAAGAUUCUGGAGUUUUGGGAAAACCAAAAACAACUAAUAAGAAACCAAGUAUCUGGAGCAAACAGAAUGUAGGAGUUACAAAUAGAGCUGAGAAGGAUGCAGAACAGAAGAUUGAGGAACAGAAGACUUUAGACAAAGCAAGAGAGAAAUUGGAAGAAAAAAGCCAAUUAUAUGAAAAAAUGCCUAAAGGAGACUUUAUAGAAGUGGAGGAUAUGUACCUUGUGGAUUUCACACAGAAGAUCAUAGACAAACACAAAGAGAUGGAGGUGUUUGGUGCCAAUAGAGAUUGUAGGAAGGCAGGAGAAAGAGACGAUGAUGAAGAAAAUCUUUCUGAAAAAGAUAUACCUCCUCCCCAGGACCCCGGUGAAGAAUGGGUGGAUUAUGUGGAUUCUUUAGGGCGAUCUCGCCGCUGUAUGAAAAAGGAUUUGCCAGAUCUGCUGGAGAUGGAUAAAAAUCUUCAGGGGAGGCUUUUCGUUAGUCCUGCUAAUGAGAAAACCUUAUUAUCUGAAGAUAUGAGAAAAGAACUUCAGCGCCAGCAAUGGGAGGAAGAAGAAAGAGAGGCCUUGAAAAGGCCGAUGGGGCCCAUACAUUAUGAAGACAUUCGUGAAAAUGAGGCCCGGCAACUUGGUGUUGGAUAUUUUGCCUUUGCCCGAGAUAAAGAGUUGAGAAACAAGCAGAUGAAAACGUUAGAGAUGCUACGUGAACAGACAACAGAUCAGAGAACAAAACGAGAGAACAUAAAGGAAAAGCGAAAGGCUAUGUUAGAAGCAAGGCUUGCUAAACUCCGACAAAAAAAGAUGAAAAAGUCAAAAGAAGAUGGAGCAGAGGAAGAAAACAAAGAUGUUAUUGGGCCUUUGCCACCAGAACCAGAGGCUGUGCCAACCCCACGUACUGCUGCCCAGAGUAGCAAAGUGGAAGUCAUCGUUCAGGAGAGGAAGGAUACCCGCCCGGGAGUGCCGCAUGUCCGAGAGUGGGACAGAGGAAAAGAGUUUUCCUUUGGGUUCUGGUCGAAGAGGCAGUCAGAUCUCCGGGCUGAGAGAGAUCCUGAGUUUGCCCCACCAUCGGAUUACUUUGUGGGUCAAAAGAGAACUGCUUCCCUCAGUAGCGAGACGUGGAGCAGACCUGCAGCUGCACCGAGCGACGCAGGACAGUGCUCUGGCCAGAGUCGUGACACUGGCUCUUCACAUCCACCAUCCACUCCUGCCCCCAGCAGCCCACCACGAGCCCCAACAGUCACUUUUGAAACUCUGGACGAUAUGAUAUCAUAUUAUAAACAAGUGACAUGAACUUCCAAACUGUUCUGAUUUGGGUCUCUACUGUGGAUAGUGCCUUCUUCUCCUAAAUUGGGGAAGAUAAUUUAAUUUUAGGGACUGAAUUGUACCUUUUUCCUCCCGUCCUUUCCCUGGAAGACACAGACUUCAGGUUGGAUUUGUCUGUCAGCAAGGAAGAAAGUGAAUGGUACCAUGGGAAUUCUGUGGCCACGUGGCUGUUCAUUUUUUUCUAAUUGAUAUGGAGCCCUGUCCUUCUGGAUUUAUGUGUAAGCUGUCAUGUAUGACCCCGAAGAGCUCGUAACCCUGUUUCA